AUUCAGUCGGCGGGGUUCGUCCAAUCGCGUUGCUUUCGUAUUGGUCCAGAAGGGAGAGGGGGCAUCCUGGAGAGCGGGGCCUUUUGAAAAAUCGGCUUUGAAUAGGCCAUCGCACGAAUAUCAGUGGCAGUCGCGCGCGCUCAUGACCGUGACACGUAGUAGGUCUCGUCCCGCUGAGGUUAUUGGGUUUCGGGAUAUUUCUUCGUUUGAGCGAAUUUUUGAAGCUUUUCGGUGGACUUGAUAUAAAUCCUCGAGAAGAAAGUAUAAGAGAAAGAGCGAUUUUUGUCAUCCCUGAAAGAGAUAGACGAAAGAAGCGGGGCACAAGAGGUAGAGAUAAAAAAAGAGUGUGAACUACUCGUGCGGACUAUUCACUUCUGUCAAACAUGCAGCUCAAGGGUCUCAACGGCCGAUUAGCAUUCGCUAUCGCGGCGGCUGCUCUCGGCUCAUCCUUCCAACAUGGGUACAACACUGGUGUGGUUAACGCGCCUCAACAGCUUAUCGAGGACUGGAUCAGUCAGCUGAAGACGAAUCGUACUGGCGUGCCGACGAGUCAGUCGGAAGUGACGAUGAUCUGGUCGGUGGCAGUAUCGAUAUUUUGCGUCGGCGGGAUGAUCGGGGGUUCCAUGGUAGGCUGGGUGGCAGAUCGCUUCGGUAGAAAGGGCGGUCUGUUGCUGAACAACAUCCUAGUGCUGCUUACCGUAAUCUUAGAGGGUAGCGCCAAGGCGGCGAAGAGCUACGAGAUGAUAAUCUUCGGGAGAUUCCUGAUUGGUAUAAACUCCGGACUGAACGCCGGUUUGGCACCUAUGUAUCUAGCCGAGAUCUCGCCUGUGCAUUUACGCGGCGCCGUGGGCACGGUGUACCAGCUCGUCAUCACCAUCUCCAUCCUAGUGUCGCAGAUCCUCGGCCUGAAUCAAAUCCUCGGCACCGCUGAACAAUGGCCAUUGCUGCUGUGCCUGACGAUCGUGCCGGCAAUCUUCCAGAUGUGCACGUUACCGCUUUGUCCCGAAAGUCCUAAGUACCUAUUACUUAGCCGUGGCAAGGACAUGGAUGCGCAAAGAGCAUUGUCCUGGCUACGCGGCACGAUCGAAGUUCAUGAUGAGAUGGAGGAGAUGCGUACGGAGUAUGAAUCAGUGAAGUUGAUACCAAAGGUCACCGUGCGUGAGCUGUUCGUGAAUCCGGCGCUCCGCAUUCCACUCUUCAUCUCCAUCAUGAUUAUGUUUGCUCAACAGCUGUCUGGUAUCAAUGCCGUCAUGUUCUUCUCGACAAAGAUCUUUACAAUGGCAAAGCUGGACAAAACAGCCGCGCAGAAUGCCACUAUGGGAGUCGGCGCGAUGAAUGUCUUAAUGACCAUCGUCUCUCUAGUGUUGGUAGAAAAGGCAGGCAGAAAAACAUUGCUCCUGGUCGGAUUCGGUGGCAUGUUUUUGGACACCGUUCUGCUCGCCAUUUGUCUCGUAUUUGCUGAAACAUCACAAGCGGCAGCAUACUUUUCAAUCGUACUCGUCAUCAUGUUUGUUGUCUUGUUCGCCACAGGACCGGGAAGUAUCCCGUGGUUUUUGGUAUCCGAAUUGUUCAGUCAAUCCGCCCGUCCGCCUGCUACCUCCAUUGCCAUUGCUGUGAACUGGACCGCGAAUUUCAUCGUCAGUAUCGGCUUUUUGCCGCUGCAGGAAGUGUUAGGCGCUUACGUGUUCAUCAUCUUCGCUGUGCUGCAAUUGCUCUUCACAAUCUUCAUAUACAAGAAGGUGCCGGAGACGAAGAACAAAACCAUGGAGGAGAUCAGCAGUAUGUUCAGGCAAAUAUCAUACCAAUGAAGAGAAUAAUAAAAGAAAAUGAGAAAAAAAAUGAUUUCUGAAAGAACGAAAUCUGAAUGGCCAGUACAAAUGGCACGUUCUCUAUCUCCGUCUCUAUCGAAGAACUCGGCGGUUCGGCGAAAGUGGCGCAUAGUUCAUUCUAUCUACGGUCUAUCAAAGCGCUUCCAACACUAUGUCCAACGCGCUGUAUAAAAGUUCGGAUUGGUAUUAACAUUGAACAUUUAUCGUACGCAUAAUUGCAAUGUUCGUUACGAUGUAUCUAACAUAAUUGAAACAUAAUCCGUACAAUUAUUGAUUAGUGCCAAUUAUUGAGAAAAGUCCGAAAAUUUUAACUUUUUUUACUAUUUAACUAUUUAAUUUUGUUUAUUCCUAGUUAUUUGAUUCGGGAACUCCGUUGUGCAAGAGCUUUGAAUAUGAGUAAAAUAUUUCAAGGGCAAUGUCAGGUUGCGCACGCGCGCAAAAGUUCUUUUAAAAGUGCGCCUGAUUUAUAAGUUAUAAACUUAUAAUCUUAGUUCCUAUAUAUAUAUAUAUAUAUAUAUAUAUAUAUAUAUAUAUAUAUAUAUAUAUAUAUAUGUGUGUGUGUGUGUUGCAUCCACGGCGAAGAAAAGUUAUCGCAAAAAUGGCAUGUAAAUGGCGCAAGACCAGCACAAAGAAUACAAUUCUUUCAUUAAGUCUUUUCGACUUUUAAUUUGUUUCUUAGAUUGGAAACAAUGAUAUAACAUACGCCACGAUACGAAGAAUUACAGCUCUAGUCACGAAAAGACCUCUAGCUUGAGUGUAACAUCUGUAAGAAAAAAUCUUACAUGCUGGUUGAUUUUACUUUUAUUUCUGAAAACGUCCGAUUCAUUUUAUAUCGAUAGAUUUCUAUGGCUAGAUAAAUUUUUUUUUAUACGAGGGAUUGCAUGAAAUAAUAUAUCAUAUUUUUAAAAUAUCACAAUAACGAAUACAAUUGGGAUAUUUUUUAUAGAACGAUUUUAUAAUAGCGCGUGAGAAAAGCUUGUGUUCCUACUAUCAAAUAAUUGUAUCGCAUUAUUACAGAAGAAAUUUUAAAAAAAGUUGUUGAAAAAAAAGAAUUAGCGAUUCACAUUAUACGACAAUAGAAUGAUAAAAUCUAAUUUCAUAAGUAUAUUUGUAUACGUACACUAUAAGUAUACUUGUGUAUAUAUUUUUCCACAUCCUUGCAGAUGCGAUGCAAAGGAUAUUUUAUCGCAUAUUUUAUCGUAUAAUGUGAAUAGACUUUAUAUUCGUGAGCAAAAUAUAUUAACUGCUUUUUUAAAUAAUUUAUAACAGAAAUUUGGAAAAUAUUUUAUUACGUGAACCCGAAGCGCAAGUUUUAUUCGAACGAGAACGAGUAAUAUAUAAUGUGUUAAGAUACAAUUGUAAAUACAGCAAUGUAAAGAUUAGUAUUGUAUAGCAUAGAAAAAAUAAUAUUAUAUUUAUGUAUAUGCACGUAGAGUUGAUUAAGAAGGAUAUAUCAAUGUUAUCAUAUAUAUUUUUAAAAUAUUUAGAUUAAUUUCGUAUAUAUAUAAUGAAAAAAAAAACAUGCGAUACGAUACAUAUACUAAACGCAACUCAGGAAUUGUUAUGUCAUAAAUUGCAGAUGGAUAUAGUACUUUGUUUUUACACUGUGUCCAUACCUCUGAAAGAAUACUCAUUUGUAUAAUAAUCAAUUUAGUAUUAACAUAAUGACAAAUUUUUGCCAUAAAAUGAAACUAAAUUGCUUAUAAUAAUGCGCUCUAAAUAAAUCUUUGAUUUUCAUUUACCUUAUUUAAAAUGUAUUAUAUAUUCAAGAAGCAAAAUUCGAAGUUUAUUAUAUGUAUAUUAUCUAGCAGUCUUUUCUAGAGGCAAAUACUAUGUAUUUGAAGUGUAAUAAUCGAAUUUGCUUGUCGCAAAACUGUAAAUAAUACAAACUUCUCAUUUAGUUAAUUGAUUGCUAAUUAUCAUAUAAGUUUUUGCAAUGCAGUUAUUAGUGUUUAGUUUUAGAUGAUUCUUUUAUAAAUAAAUCUAUCAAUUCUUGUAGAAAGAGCUAGAGAGAGUGCCCCUGGUAUCUGUAUCGAUCGAAAAAAGUAACGCUGUAAUCCAUCAUUUGUACGUAAAAAGAUAUUUGUUAGAUAAUUAAGACUUUUAAUCAAAAUUUAAAGAAUCUAUUAAUGUGUAUCUGAAAUGUAUGAUUAAGUGUUACACAAAAUGUUUACAAUGCGUUAUAAUUUAUAUGAUACUCGAUACCAAUAAUAUCAUUAAAUAAAAGAUUGAAAUAUUAAGAGCAAAA